GCACGGCACGCCGACACCGUGAGCGUCCCGAUUUGUCCGAUAAGAAACGGGAGUGGAUGCACUGUGCGAUGCUAGCCUGAUCUGAAUUAAUCCCCUCCGAGUUAAGUGCCCCCAGAAUAGCGAUAUGACGACCGAGGACUCGUCCGGGCCCAGCGCGGCCCCCGAUAGUGGGAGCAAGGCAGAGAACAGCAAAGCAGAAAAUGGGAGACCAGAAACUGCCACGGGGGCGAUCCCAGAUGGAAUGAACGCGCAACGGGUAUUCAAGAAGGCCUCACCGAACCAGAAGCUGACGCUGUAUUUGAGUUCCCGAGACUUGGUGGUAUCGAGCGGCGGAAUCGAUAGAUUGCAGGGCGUCCUGCUCGUCGAUCCGGAGUUCGUCGAAAACAGGAAGGUCUAUGGCCAGGUCACCCUCACUUUCCGAUAUGGCAGAGAAGACGAGGAGGUAAUGGGCCUGAAGUUCUGCAACGAGGCGAUCAUGUGUCUGGCCCAGCUGUACCCCCCGCACCCCGGCACCCCCGAUACCAUCACUCCCCUCCAG